UUCACAGAAACUCACAAUCUACAAUCACUAUAUAUUUUUUUCUCUCUUUCUAACAGACAAAAGAGAUUGAUUAGCUGAUGAAUCUUCAAUGAUAGGUGUGGAAAAAGAAGAAACAUCAGAAAUCAGCAAAAUAAUAAGGCCAGAAGAUAGUUCAGGCAGCAGGGUGAAGGCUUUGGAGAAGCAGCUGUAGGGAAAGAAAUAAGGAAAUAUGGCCACAGAGACCAAAUCUAAUGUGGUAAAAGUGAAGCCCAGCGGGGGAAAUCAAUUGGGUUCCUCAUCAAUUUCAUCAUCAUCAUCGUUAGCAAAGGAAAAGGGUGAAUCAUCUAUGAUCAAGAAAAAAGCUGCUGAGAGCUCUUCAUCUAAACAAUCUGCUGAUGCAAAACAGAAAUCUUUAUCAAGCACUAUUUCCAAAAGUGAGGCAAAAGCAAAAGGAACAUCUAGUUCGUCGAAGGCUGUGACGAAGAGAAAGACAGUAACUAAAACCAGAGAAAAGAAAGUUUACUCCUUACCUGGCCAGAAGUUUGACGUUCCUGAAGAGAGAGAGCCUUUGAGGAUAUUUUAUGAGUCGCUGUCACACCAGAUACCUUCCAGUGAAAUGGCAGAGUUUUGGUUGAUGGAACAUGGCAUGCUGUCACCUGAAAAGGCAAGGAAGGCUUUUGAGAAAAAGCAGAAAAAGCAAAAACAACUUCGGACAGGAACUCCUAUUAAAUCUCCACCACCAAGUAAACCUGAGAGCUCCAAAAAGCCACAGCAGGCAUCAAAGAAUGGUGAAGUAAAAACAAAGAAACGGAUCAUAGAUGACAGUGAUGAUGACGACGAUUUUGUACUGAGCCAUAAGAGGAGGAAGGGAUAAGAAGGACCAACCCUUCCUAUGCAUUGUAGUACUGUCAACCUGAUGUUGACUCAUUUGACUAUAACAGGGAUCAGCAAGUUUUCGAGGAAGAAGAUAGCGUGUAUAGACAUUGUCUAGACAUUCUUAUUUAUGAAAUCAAUAAACAAAAGAAAGAAUUGGAUUCAUGUUAAUUUACAUUUCAGAAAACACCAGGCAUACUUCUGCUCAUGGUCUCUUAAACAGCAAUCAGAACAGAGACAUGAGCAUCUAGGGCAACACUAGGAUGUCAUAACCGUGUAUUUUUCUUACCUUAUACUCAACUCUCAUUUGUUUCUAUUCCUAUCCCAUAAACAAAGGACUUUGGUAUUUGAUACUUUACAAGCAUUCUUUUUAAUUGAAAGGAACUAGCAUAUUGCCUUUGUUUUGGAUGA